GAGUUGCUGAACCAGCGUGACUACAACUCUCAGAGACUAUUUGUUGCGGGACUUUUGGACUACCGGAUCGACUCCCCAACACUACUCUCUGGGCUCAGCUUAUACGUCCCAACCAGGCCGCUUCGCCCUAGGACGCUACUUGACGUACAGGAUCGCCGAACCCGUUUUGGUACCUUUGAUCCCUUUCUCCGUAUGUUCCGUGAAUAUAAUUGUAUCAGUAAUCGUCACCAACCGGACAUGUCACGCGCUGCGCUUUUAAAUUGUAUUCGACCCGUCCGUCCUUAUAACUGUUAAGUGUCUUAGCAAUUAGGCUUCAAGGGGGUCCUGCGUGGCCCGUUGAAUUAUAAUGACAAUAAACAUUUCAAUAAAAAUAAAAUUUCAAGCACCGUUUUUUGCUUCCGGAAAGCAACGCUUUGCGCAAAGAUUGUAUUCGUGAGAGCGAACUAUUUAAAAACAUUGAUAAGCACGUGAGCGUGCAGAAGCUGGCGAUUGCUUAUGUUCGCCUAGUAGUACUGAUCUUCGCACCGACCGAUCCGCAAGUGGUUGUCGAAUACGAAACUUCCUCAACUGCAUCGUAGAUCUAAAUCAUGUGGACAGAGCCAGCAACAACCAGGAUAACGCUGAAUGCUAUCCGAUGCGUUGUCCUUAUUUGUUUCCUGUUGCCGUUUCUUCUCGUCAGCUACGCAACUGUGACACUCUCCCGACAACUGUGGAUUGUUAUCCUGUUUUGGCGCUAUCCUUGGCUUAAAAGGACCAAAGUGCACGGCAUCAAAAGCUUCGUCGAUCACUCCCGAAACCCCGAAGUGCUGUGUGUACUGAUGGAGAUGGAAGGAGAAAUUGAUAUUGUGCAGCUGAGGGAAGAAUUUCUACAUCACAUCAGCGAUUGCAGCAGCAGCCAUAUGCGGCUCUGUCUGCCGCAAUUCAUUCUACCGUUCAUGUCCUGCUGGAACAAGUAUGCUUGGCUGAAGGGAACCAGCAGCGCGGAUGAGCAUAUAGUGCUGGCCCAAGCCAUACAGCGGGGACGACCGUUGAAGGAAUUGAUGUGUUUACUAAACCUCACUUCCAGCGCCACCAGCAGUAAAGAUAAAGAUUCGUUGAUAACGAAUGCAAAGCCAGGUCUGCCGUGGCAAAUCGUGUGCAUUCCGGUAGUUAGUGAAUCACCGCACGAAGGCAGUGAAAAAUGCGCUUCAUCCAAUUAUUUACUCUAUGCAAUCGAUCUGAAGCUGCUGAACGAAGCGGAGAAGCGCAACCUAAGCUACAUCCCUUUGAACGGAUACCUUGAACGUGCCGAACCGACGAUGGACAACGUGUUGGCGAAACCUUACUACAUCCCCCGGCUGUGGAAUUACAUCAUUUCCUCAGUCCAUUACCGCUGGAACGAGUUUGUCUAUCAGCACGAUCCGCUCGAAUCGCCCGAUAUUGACCGCAAGCAGUACACCGGAAUGGGGCAGCUUCUAUCAGCACUGUGCAUUUCCGUCGUGUACGUUUGUGGCGAUUUUGUUUGCUCCUUUCGCUCGAUCAAGGGUAGUCCGUUGGACAAAAUUGACUAUCUGCAACGAUUGAUCGAGCGCGAGAUAGACAAGCGCAAUCUAACGCUCCGUACGAUCUGGGACACUUUCCUACAGUCGAUCGAGCCCGUCAAUUUGCUCAAGGAGGCUACGUUUUUCGCGUGGAAAAUCGUGGCCACAGUCACGCUGAUGGUACCGUGGUACGCGUGGAGAGAAACAGAAGCUUUGCUGCUGUACGUUUCAAAGGGAGCAGUCAAUAAUGAUACGAUCGUAGGAUUCAUCAUCGAAUGUUUUCCAAUUUGUUACGGUGUAGCGGUGGAGUGCUGGCGCAUGUUAUGGCUGCUGCUGGAAGUAACCUUACAGCUGGAUGAAUAAUAACGGACAAGUAUUUGAGCAAA